AUGUCAGUUUUUACAUUUGAUGCUAAAAAAGACAAUCCAAUUACAGUCAAUGAUAUUGUAUCUUUAGGUUUGGAAUUUGGCGUUCAAGAAACCAAUGAUAGCAAUUUAGAGGGUUACAAGACUUUAUUGGCAGUUUUCCAUGAUUCUUGUGAAGAGAUAAUGGCUAUGGACGAUUAUAUACCAGUCGUUGAUUUUGAAAGAUUUCCAAGAGAAAGCAUCCAUUUUCCUACCCAAGAUGAAAACAAAUUAAAUGCUUGGGGAUAUAAGUUUAUACUCAAGGACAAAAAGAUAUCAAAUGGUAGGCGCUUGCUCAAGGAUCUCAAAAUUGCAGUGAAAGAUUGUAUUUCAGUUGCUGGUGUUCCAAUGCUCUUUGGAACCAAUUUUAUCAAAGAUUUUAUACCAUCGAAUGAUGCUACUAUCAUUACUAGAAUGUUGGAAGCGGGAGGUACAGUUGUGGGGAAAGCUGUCUGUGAGAAUUUGUGUCAUUCUGCUACCUCUCAUUCGGCCCAUACUGGUCCUAUUCAUAAUCCUAUGGCUAAAGGAUAUUCCACAGGAGGGUCAUCCUCAGGAAGUGGAGCUUUAGUUAUGGAUCCUAAUGAAGACAUUGAUAUUACCAUUGGUGCCGACCAAGGGGGUUCGGUUAGAAUCCCAGCUGGUUGGUGUGGUGCAGUGGGUAUAAAGCCCACUUUUGGCUUGAUUCCGUUCACAGGAUGUGGUAGUAACGAAGCAACUAAUGAUCAUUUGGGCGUGUUGACUAAAGACGUCCUAACUAAUGCAAGGGGCCUUCAGGCCAUUGCAGGGAGUGAUGGAAUUGAUGACAGAGGCUUCAAUUCUAUAACCACUGAGUAUUACGACGACCUAUUGACUUUGAAGGAUCCAAAAAGCUUAAAUGGCUUGAGAGUGGCGGUUUUGAAAGAAGGUUUCGAUAAUCCCGCUGUUGAAACGAGAAUCAAAGAAAAGUGUUACGAUGCGAUCAGUAGAUUCGAAGAGCUUGGUGCUACAGUAGAAGAGGUUAGCAUCCCUUUACACCUGAAAGGACCAUUGAUAUGGACUGGUAUAUCAAAAGUCGGUGGUUAUCUUACCAAGGUCGGAUGUGCGAUUGGUAGAAGAGGGUUUAGUAUGAACGAUCUAAAUGAAAAAUUUCUUGAUGCUCUUCAUGAUCAAGAAAGAUGGGAUGAAGCUUUCCCAUCUACAAAAAACAUUUACUACAAUGGAUUAUAUGCUAUGAAGAAAUUCCCCACGCUAUAUGGCAAAUGUCAAAACCUUUCAAGGAAAUUGAAAGAUGAAUACAAUGAGGUUUUGAAAGAAUAUGAUGUUAUUGUAUUACCAAACCUACCAUAUAUUGCACGUUCGCACCACUUGGUUGACGAUGGGUCACUGCCUUUAGAUGUGAUGGGAAAACAAGUCGGCUUGAGCUCUAACACAUGUCCAUUUGACCAAAGUGGUCAUCCAGCGUUGGCACUCCCAUGUGGUAUGUUACCGAUAUUAGAGGGCCCAUUGGCUAAUUCUGGUUCUAAACUUCCAGUUUCAUUACAAAUAGUUGGAAAGUGGUAUGAUGAAAAAACUGUUUAUCGGGCAGCAUAUGCAUGGGAGCAAGCAUUCAGCUGGCGAGAGUUAUAA